AUGAAAUAUCUGAUCGUACUUAGCUUGAUUGCAGCCGCCACCGCUGCCCCUGGAUUAUUGGGUUUGGGCCAUGGAUCAUAUGCAGCGCCAGCGCUGAGUUUAGGGAGCUUAGGUCAUGGACCAGCUAUAAGCUAUGCCGCACCAGCUGUUAGUUACGCAGCACCUUCCAUCAGUCUUGCUCCAGCGCCCAUUGUCAAGGCUUACUCCGCACCUGCUGUAGUCGCCGCACCGACCAUAGUGAAGGCAGCCCCAGCCGCCACCAGCUACUCCACCUUCAGUCAGGUCAUUCAACAUGCUGCCCCAGCCGUCGUUAAGGUCGCCGCCCCCGCUCCAGUUGCCGUAGCGGCUCCAGCCAUUUCUUACGCUGCACCCGCCCCGGCCAUCUCAUAUGCCGCAGCCGCGCCCGCCAUCUCGUACGCCGCACCCGCUCCAGCCAUCUCGUACGCUGCACCCGCCAUUAAAUUAGCCGCACCCGCGAUCUCCUAUGCCGCAGCCGCUCCAGCCAUCUCAUACGCUGCACCCGCCAUUAAAUUGGCCGCCCCCUCGAUCUCCUACGCUGCCGCUGCCCCAUCCAUCGUGAAGUACGCUGCUCCAGCCAUCAGCUACGGAGGCGGUCUCAGUUUAGGCCACGGCUACCAUUAA